UAAAUAUUACCAAUAUGUGUGGCAUGAUGGGAUAGAAUUAUCGAGCAAAACUUGGUUUUUUCGGCGAUGUCAAUUCCUUUCGCAGUGGCAGACAUGGCGUCUGGUACCCUUUAUACAUAUGCUGGGAAUUUCAGAGCGUUUAAAGCCCUUAUUGCAGCAGAGUACAGUGGUGCACAAGUCAGAGUUGUGAAUGGCCCACCCGAAUUUGUUUUUGGAGAAACCAAUAAAUCGGAAGAAUUUCGAAAAAAGUUUCCGUUAGGAAAGGUUCCAGCAUUUGAAACAUCAGAUAACAAGUCCAUAUUUGAAAGCAAUGCUAUAGCUCACUAUAUUGGUAAUGAUCAGCUAAGGGGCGAAACUGCUUUGGACCAAGCUCUUGUUAUCCAGUGGAUAAGCUUUGCUGACCAUGAAAUCCUGCCAAGUGCCUGUACUUGGGUAUUUCCAUGUCUGGGUAUCAUGCAGUACAACAAACAGGCUACCGACCGUGCCAAGGAAGAUAUAACAAAUGCACUAAAUGUGCUGAAUAAUCACCUCCUUACAAGAACUUACCUUGUUGGAGAACGAAUCACUCAAGCUGAUAUUUCAGUUUGCUGUAAUCUUUUCUUUCUUUAUGAACAUGUUCUUGAUCCAGCUUUCCGCAAGUCCUUUGAGAAUGUCAACAGAUGGUUUACUACUUUGGUGAAUCAACCCCAGUUCAAAAAGGUCAUUGGAGAUUUUAAACUAUGUGAAAAGAUGGCUCAGUUCGAUGCAAAGAAAUUUUCCGAGUUCAUGGGUAAAGAAAGUAAAGGUGGAAAGAAAGAGAGCAAGCCACCCAAAGAAGGCAAGUCACUGAAGGAAGGCAAAAAAGAAAAAGAACCCCAAAAGAAAGAAGAAGUAGAAGAAUUAGAUGAAACUGAAAAAGCCCUGGCAGAAGAACAUAAGAAAAAAGAUCCUUUUGAUGAUUUUCCAAAAGGCACAUUCGGUAUGGAUGCUUUCAAGCGAGUAUAUUCCAACGAAGAUGAACAGAAGUCUAUAGCAUACUUCUGGGAGAACUUUGACAAGGAGAACUAUUCCAUUUGGUACAGUGAAUACAAGUAUCCUGAAGAACUGAGUCUCGUUUUCAUGAGCUGCAACCUUAUUUCUGGUAUGUUCCAAAGAUUGGAUAAAAUGAGGAAGAAUGCUUUUGGUAGUGUUUGUCUGUUUGGAGAAGACCAUAACAGCACCAUCUCUGGCAUCUGGAUUUGGAGAGGACACCAGUUGGCUUUUGAACUUUCCCCUGACUGGCGGGUUGACUAUGAAUCCUACACUUGGACCAAACUGGAUGCUGAUGCUGAAAACACCAAGAAACUAGUAAAUGAAUACCUUGCAUGGGAGGGAGAUUUUGGAGGCAAAAAGUUUAACCAGGGCAAGAUCUUCAAAUAAAUAGCACCUUCUUCAUAGAACUUACAAGCAUGAUGAAUGUCUCACUGAAGAACUAACCAGUUACAAGUGCUUCUUUCUUAAGCUUAUUAAAUUAAAACGUUCACAAGUGUCAAUUUAAGAAACUUGGUACUUUAUGUGAGAAUUCAUCUGUUAAGUAAAGAACUCGUGCUAAUAAAGAUUUGUUAAAGAAAAAA